UUCUGCAGCCUCGUGUUAUGUUCAGUUCUACUGAGAAAACCCAAUUGGGUGUAUGUUGAUGUAUAGUAUUACCGAUCGUGCCCGGUGGUGUUUGGAAUGGCUGCUUUGCAACGCUAUAUCUGCAGCACAGCCAUCUCCUGUUUUUGUUAUUGCUGACACUGUGGGUUGGUGACUUGUGCUGCUGGUGCUGUUUCUGUGGCUGCUGUGACUGCUGAUGUUGCUAUGGCUGCUGCUGCUGUGGCUGCUGUGGUGGUGGUGGUGCUGCUGCUGCUGCUGCUGUGGCUGUGGCUGCGUGUGCUGUGGCUGCGUGUGCUUUUGGCUUGUGCUGCUUGUGCUGGUGGUGCUGCUGGUGCUGCUGGUGCUGGUAUGUGUGCGGACUGUCUUGGCUCCUACAGUGUACAGUCGUGAGCUGAAUCGAUGCCUUUCCGGCCACACUUGCAUACCUCAACUCGUUGACAUGGAGUCAGACCUCUGUCCCACUAGACACAGCAGGCAGUACUCUCCUGUUGCCAGGACAACACCAAAGAAGCACAAUGACCAGGACUAUGUCAGCAAGGCAUUCUUCAUUUACUUUCUGCUGGACCCGCGGCUGUCUUGUAACCUGCCGCUACGGUCUGCGGCCGAUUCUCUUUCCGAGGUGGAGAGCUUGCAACAGUUUCUCAAGAGCGUGUUUUACAUUGGCAAGGGCAAGCGCAGCCGUCCGUUUGCACACUUGCAUGAUGCUGCCAAAUAUAGCAGCAGUAGCAGCAAUAACCAUGCCAACCACCAUAAUGGCCGUCGCCAAGGGGAGAACGGCGCGCGGAACGCCGGCGCUGGUCAUCACCCCAAGCUGGAUAAAAUCAAUGAGAUCUGGACGAGUGGCCUUGGCGUGGUUCAGUUCAGCUGCUUCCAGGGCUGUACCACUGAAGAAGCACACAACAGAGAGGCGUGCUGCUUGGAUGCCGUUGGCCUUGUCAACCUGACCAACAAAGUGUCUGGAACCUAUUACGGGGAGUUUGCCUCUAAGUCGGGAAUGGAACGCCGCAAGAUGGGUAUCCAUCUGCUGGCCAAGGCUUGCCGUAUUUUCCUGCAAGAAGGAGAAAGACAGUACCGAUCCAAUGCGCCAGUGACAUAAGCAGGAGAGGAUGGGGCGAGUUCAGCUAGUUUUCUCCCCAGGACAGUUCGUAGAAUGCCAAUGUGCUGGCUUACAGUAGGUACUCCAAGUAGUUAGUGCCGUAGUAUGCUGGCCCCAGCUCGGCAUUCCGUGUGUGAUGAUGACCCACCACGUGCAUGUACACAAAGCCACCAAGCCCAGCCUGGAGCAAUCCAUUGUCACACGUAGUGCCCGCCCUUCUGGCAACACUUGGCAGAAGGCCAGUUUGCUUGUGGACAGCUGUAAUCUGUAUGCAGUGUUCCGAGUGAGCAUGGCAGUGUAUAGCUGUGCAAACUGGCGCACACGGCCAGCGACGACAGUCGUUUGGCUUGUGAUUUCUGCUUCCUCGUUGGCUACAAGGAGCUGAUAUAGACUGGGCCAUGUUUUUUUAUGGUUAUGAAUACCACGCGUGCAGCUUGCGUCUGGCUAAUUGGCCCGUACAUAAAUUAGUUUGUGGUGCCUCGCCAAGUUUUUUUGUGUGGACAUGAGCAACAUGCGCGGGCAGCUUCUGUCUUGCCCCGUACAGGUACAUAGUUUGUGGUGCCUCGCCAUAUUUUGUGGACAUGAGCAACACGCACAGCCAGCUUCUACCCAUGUGGCCCGUACAUCGAUCUUGUGCUACCUCGUCGCCUGUAGAAGAGUAGGAGUAGUCUUUGUUGAUCUUGAUAGCUACGCACUAUCCACUAGUCUGAGCUGCAGAAUACCACAACAGCACUGACUACACCACAGGCACAGGUCUGGGAAUACCGCCAGUCAUUCAAUUUUAAAGUUGUAGUCUCAAAUUGGACGAUUUUCUAAUGCUUGAUUUACUCCUAACAAUGCCUACUUCCUAACUUUGAAGUCGCAAUGCGUUGCUCUUGAUCAGCUCUUUAUACAGUUCUCAAAGCGCACAUGAUGUUCUCUAAGCAGGCAGGAACUGCUGUCUCCUUUGUCUAUCUUCUCCUAGGGUCUUUUCAUUAUUCUCUUUCAGUACGGUUUGUUCACCUCAUCCCGUUUAUAUGAAUGCCUCUUGUUACCUCAGCAGUACAACGUGCAACACAGCUACCCAGAGGGUGCUCCUAGCCUCUCUGGUCCAGUCUGGA